CAGAAUGACGAGCCGCCCGAGAUCACGUACUGCGUGGUGGACCAGGCGGGCACGCUCUCGCUGCACGCGCUCACGCCCACGCAGCCCAUGCCCGCCAGCGACGAGCUCGACGCCAAGUUCGCCGAGCUGGUGGAGGAGCUCGACCUGACGGCCCCCAACAAGGCGGCCAUGCUCAGCCUCCCGCCGGAGAAGAAGUGGCAGAUCUACUGCAGCCGCAAGAAGGCGUCGGGCCCCGAGGCGGAGGAGGAGACGCGCGCGCGCACGCGGCAGCUGGACGGGCUGAAGACGGCGCUGCGCACGCAGCCGCACUCCUUCGUGCUGCGCUUCGUGGAGCUGCAAGGGCUGCCCGCGCUCCUGCAGGCGCUGCAGGCUAUGGACCACGCCACGGCGCUCGGCCCCGUGCACACCUCGCUCAUCGGCUGCCUCAAGGCGCUCAAUGAACAACUCGCACAUGUCUUGGCACAUCCAACUGGCAUCAACGUCAUAGCACAAAGCCUCAGCACUGAAAACAUCAAGACCAAAGUGGCUGUGCUGGAAAUUCUUGGAGCUGUUUGUCUUGUGCCUGGAGGACACCGAAAAGUUCUACAAGCUAUGCAGCACUAUCAAACAUAUGCUUGUGAGCGUACUAGAUUCCAGGGAAUAGUGAAUGAUCUAGACCGUGACACUGGAGUUUAUCGUGAUGAAGUAAGUUUGAAGACAGCUAUCAUGUCUUUUGUGAAUGCUGUGCUCAACUAUGGCCCAGGACAAGAGAACCUCGAAUUUCGAUUGCACUUACGCUAUGAGUUCCUUAUGCUGGGCAUUCAACCUAUUAUUGACAAGCUUCGUCGACAUGAAAAUGAGACUCUGGAUAGGCAUUUAGAUUUCUUUGAAAUGGUUCGAAAUGAAGAUGAAAAGGAAUUGGCCAAGAAAUUUGAAAAGGAUCAUGUUGACACAAAAAGUGCCACUGCCAUGUUUGACCUGUUGAGAAGAAAACUAAGUCACACUUCUGCGUAUCCUCACCUUCUCUCCCUUUUGCAACAUUGUUUACUUCUUCCAUUGGACUACGGGUCUCAUCCCCAACAUUGGCUGCUGUUCGACCGGGUUGUGCAGCAGAUUGUUAUGCAAGCGGAAUCUGGUGCUAAUCCUGAUGUUGCUCCAAUUGACAUCAAUGUGAAGGAACUUGUCCAUCUCCUGGCUAAAGAAGAGGAGUUGGUUGCAGCUCGUGAAAAGGCUGAAGAGCUUGAGAAGGAAAACUCUGAUCUCCUUGGUCGGUUGGCCAAGAAGGAGCAAGAGCUGGACCAGAGGCUUCAGGAAACAUUUGGCUACCUGACUAUUGUCACAAUGACAUCAAUGACUAUUGUCUCUGAGGAUCUGGAGACAAGUGUGCGUCGUGUGAAGGAGCGCCUGGAGAAGGAGACGGCUGCUCACCUGGAGAGCAAGCAGCGGUUGGCAGAGCUGGAGCACCAAGCAAGCGAGCUGAGCAUGCGUGUGGAGGCCGAGAGCAGCGAGCGCAUGCGUCUGGAGCGUCUCGUAGCCACUGGGUGCCUCCCAGAUGACACCAAGACUAGAAUUUGCACCUCUGUUGGGAUACUUCAAAUUACAGUUGCUGUUAGUUAUUUGUUAGCAUUAAAUUACAUUAGAGUAACAUUAGUGUGUAAUACUCUAAAUAGCGUCCCUUGUCAGUGGUGCCCAUGGCACGAUGAGUUGCCUGCCAUCAUAAAGGUAUGCCUCUGGGUAGUGACUGCUGCCAUCGUUGAGAGUGGCAAGCAAAAUAGACCUUGCCUGACAAAUAGAAAGUUAUUACUUCUAGAAUUGUAUUACUUGUUGGUUCAUAGUUAUUAUAGUUACAGAACCAUUUGGAGUGAACUUGAUGAGGCCAAGCUGUACACAGCAAUGAACUGGAAAUAUGACAAAAUAUUCUGUGCUUAUCAAAAGAACGGGUUCGGAAAUUAUUAUGAGAAAUUGUUAUUGAAAUUAGCAAUUUUAGUUACCUACUAUGCAAAAGCAUAUUCAAUAAGUGAAAAUUUCUCAAUAGAAAUUUUGCGCCAGCUGGAAAGAGGCGAGCGAAAUCUGUCAGUCAUUGAUGGCAGGGUGCACAAAACUGCACAUUUGCUGUUAAACUCCAAAGUGUCAGAUGAAGAUAUCUCCACAUCUUCAAGUGCAUUAUUCGUGUAUAUCUUCUAUGUUCAUGUUAUUGAUUAUAAAAGUAUCAUUUUCUAUUUGAUUGACUACUGCUACCAAAGCAGACUAGUUUGGCUUCUGUUCGCUUUUCUAUAUCUCAUAGUUGCAAAAUUUUCUUCUGUUAUUAUUAUCCCAACAUCGAACAAGUUUAUUAACAAAAAUAUCAACUUGACCUUUCGAAAUUUAUAUGUAACCUUCCAAAGUGGGAAUAGUAGUCUAUUAGAACUAUCAAAGUCAAGUUUUUUUUUUGCAACAACUCUGGAACCUUUUUAUGCUCAUUGUGUAUGUUUGCAGUCAACAGAAUUGUAUAAAAUAAGAAUAGUGACUGAUUGUAUAAUGGAGUUAGUAAACAAGUUUCAAACACAAAAUAAAAACAUACCUAUAAGUGUUUUUUCAAACACACCAUAA